GCAAUAAAGGAAGGGUGGGUGGUUUCCAAGCCAAUGGCUCAGCUGGUCCCCACUGGCGGGUGAGAAAGUUCGCAUCUCCUGGACCGCCUCUUCCUGGCGGCGACGUGCGACCUCACGCGGGUUCCUGCGCCUGCUCUGGGCGGCACAGACAAGCUGCGUUCCCGCCAGAUUAGUUAAGUUUCGUUUCCAGCAGUUACGGAGAGUUCCCCUUCCCGCGAUCUUUCCCCGAAGUCGAUUCUUCCUUUCCGGAGCGCAGAGCCUCAGAUAUGGAAGGUCAGCGCCGAAGGCCGACAGCGCCGCGCGCUAAGAAGCCGGCUGCGAAGCGCGCCACGACGGAGCCCAAAGGGACCGUGGCCGCCCGGCCCCACGCGGGAAGCUGCGUCCCGCAAAGGGGGGCGCGAUCGCGGCGUGCGGAGUGUGACGGGGACCCUGCGGAGAAGCCGCGCGCCCAAGCGCCCCGAGCGCGCCCAGGAAGGGCGUCCGUGCGCACCAAGGACCCACAGCCCUCGGCCACCGGCGCCGCAGGUGACGCCGGGCGGCCCGGCGUCCGGGAGCCCCAGCCUCCGACAGCCCCCGAGGUCCUUGAGGUCUCAAGGGGCGUCCGGGAGCCCCAGCCUCCGACAGCCCCCGAGGUCCCUGAGGUCUCAAGGGGCGUCCGGGAGCCCCAGCCUCCGACAGCCCCCGAGGUGCCCGAGGUCGCAAGGGGUCCUCGCGGCAGGAGGGGCGCGCGCUCUACGGGGCAGCAGAGAGCCCCGCGGGCUUCCAGGAAGGAGCCGGAGACCCUCGACAAAAAGCUCAAGAGAGUUCUAGGAAAUUUGAAGUUGAAACGGGAUGAGAUCUCGGUGGCAGCCGAGGUGGUGAAUGAAGUCGUGAAGAGUCUGCUGAAAGGAAUGCAGACCCGUGAGUCGGAGUUCAAAGGCGUGCAGAAGCUGAACACUGGCAGCUACUACGAGCAUGUGAAGAUUUCUGCUCCUAAUGAAUUUGAUGUUAUGUUUAAACUGGAAGUCCCCAGAAUUGAUCUACAAGAAUAUCGUGACACUGGUGCUUUUUAUCUUGUGAAGUUCAAAAGAAUUCCAGGAGGAAAUCCUCUGAGUCAUUUUUUAGAAGGGGAAGUAUUAUCAGCUUCCAAGAUGUUGUCAAGAUUUAGGGAAAUCAUUAAAAAAGAAGUUAAAAAAAUUGAAGGUAUUGAUGUCAGUGUGGAGAAGGAAAAACCAGGAAGCCCUGCUGUAACACUUCUUAUCAGAAACCCGGAAGAAAUAUCUGUGGAUAUAAUUCUGGCUUUGGAAUCAAAAGGCAGCUGGCCCAUUAGUACCAAAGAAGGACUACCCAUCAAAAACUGGCUUGGCACAAAAGUUAGGACCAAACUAAGACAAGGACCAUUUUAUCUUGUGCCCAAGAAUGCAAAAGUUGGAAAUGGUUUUCAAGGCAAGACAUGGCGCCUCUCUUUCUCUCACACUGAAAAAUACAUUUUGAGUAAUCAUGGGAUAGAGAAAACAUGUUGUGAAUCUGCUGGAGUAAAAUGUUGCAGGAAAGACUGUUUAAAAUUAAUGAAACACCUUUUGGAACAGUUGAAAAAAGAGUAUCAAGAACUAGAUGAAUUCUGUUCUUACUAUGUGAAAACUGCAAUCUUUCACAUGUGGACUGAGAACCCACAAGACAGUCAUUGGGACCCCAAGCAACUGAGCACCUGCUUUGAUGAGUUUUUGACGUUCUUUGUUGAGUGCCUCAGGACAGAGAAACUGAUGCAUUAUUUUAUUCCAAAGUUCAAUCUAUUCUCUCAAGAAGAAAUUGACCAAAAAAGUAGAGAAUUUCUGUUAGAGAAAAUUGAAUAUGAAAGAAACAAUGGAUUUCCAAUUUUUGACAAGUUUUGAAGUUAUGUAUUUGUCUGUA